GUAUAUUUCUCUCUCUCUCUUUCUCUCUUUGUGGCUCUAUAAAUAGAUGCACUACAACACUCACCAAUCAUAAACUUAAGGAGGGGAACAUUCACACAUACAACUCAGAGCACAAUGAAGGUGCUGCUCCUUUUGGCCCUGGUGCUGGUACUGGUACACUCCUCCCCAGACUUUAAAAGCCGUGCGGCGCGUGCUGCCGCUGCCGACGACGAUGCUGUACUUCUGUGCAACAUGACUCGCGGGGGGCUGGAGGCCUGCAAGCCGUCCGUGCGCAGCGGGUCGUCGGACCCGGCCGCCGACCCAUCGAAAGAGUGCUGCGCGGCGCUGGCGGGGGCCGACCUGCCGUGCCUCUGCUCGUACCGCCACUCCUUCCUGCUCCCGUCCUUGGGCAUCGACCCCGACCUCGCCCUGCAGCUCCCCGCCAAGUGCAACCUCACCGCGACCCCCGGCUGCUGACUAUACAUAUUUUGCAGGGACGACUCAUCAUAUCUCUAUCUCCUCUCCUCACGGUCAGACCGUCAAAUUUACUAUCCAUCACAUACAGUGCUCGAAUCUCAAAGUAGUAUCUCCGCUCCUCACGGUCAAACUGUCAAAUUUACUGUCCAUCACAUGCAGUGCUCGAAUCUCAAAGCAGCGAUGGAACCGCACGGAUUAAGUGAAUUAAUAUAUAGUAAGUUGUGUGUGAAGUACUUCUGUUUGAGUAGUAUGUAAGAGCAUGUAAUUGCUGGGACAAAUCUCUACCUUGUACAAUCAUAAAGCGAGGUAAAAAAAUAAAAAAAUAAAAAAACAUAAAAUUUUUUCUGUAAA